CGCGCCGGAACUGGUCUCCUAGGAUGCCUGGACGCAGAACAGCUCUGCGGCUUUUCCGCGAGUCCCACUAGGGGUCCGGAGCUCCUGUGGCACAUGCCAGGCAGAGGAAGCAAGGGCAGAAACAGCUGAGGGCCGGUAGGUGGGGCCAGCGGAGCCGGGGCCUCGGCCAAAGAUCUCUUUUUCCCCGGAAGUGAGAGGGGUCCCGGCCCGGCGCGCAGAGGCCUGUUGUCAAGGCAACCUACAGACGCGGGUCUGAGUUGGCCAGAGCCUUUGCUGAGAGCUGUCUCUUUUGUGGCUCCUCCCCUCUGAAACGGCCUCAAGGGAGUUCUCUCGGUGGAAUUGCUUCAGUUUAUACCUUUUCCAGCUCUCCCAUCUUGGACUUACUCUUUCCCUGGAUUGGUUGCGUCAUGUCAGCCUUAUACCCCCUAAUACCAAAAGAGAAGUGAUGAUAAUGGAGCUGGACAAAAUCAUCUUUAAAAAUCAGGGAAGUGGAAGGUUUUGAAAAGACGUCUACACAGUGAGUCAGUAUCACCUGGAACGGGAGCUUAAUCGUUGAAGGUAUGAGUCAAUGCUGCUUAAAAUCUUGGCUCCUGUCUGACCUGCGCAUCCAUCUUCAGAUCUUUCUCACUCUGAUCGUCCCGCCUUCCGUUUAUAAGUAUACUGCUUGGUAAAGACAUGAACUUGAAUGGAUUUGGAGGUUAAAAGAGUUGCUCUUUCUCCUAAAACUCAAACUCAGCCAUUCUCUGGAAGAAAGAAGCUACUAUAACAAAGAUGGACCUCAAAUCAUGUGCUAUGGCGGAUCCUUGCCUACCUGUGGUCCCACAGCUUGAUCUGGGAAGCCUUGUUGACUCUGAUGAGGAGGAUGGUUUACCAUAUAUGCCACUUAGUACAGCACAUAUUCAUUUUAACCCAACAAAUUCAUCUUUUGCUUUUGGUUGGGUAACACCGUGUCACAAACUGUAUACUCAGCAUCAUCUAUAUGACCUGGACAGAAUACCUGAAAAUUUGCCAGCACCAACAGACAAAUAUAAACUAAAACAUCAGCAAUACAAAACGGAAAUGACAGGGGGAUAUAAACAAUACAGUCAGAGAAAUGCCGAAAAGGCAGAGUCAAGUAUCACACGUCAACAGACUCCAAGAAACAAGACAGAUGACAAGUGUGUACAAGGUGCAGAAGCCAUCACAGAUGAUCUGACAACUCUGGACAGGAAAGCCCUGCUACAGCUGGGUUAUGCAGCCAACCCUCACAUUCUCCAACGGAGUACAGGAAAAUCUGAUGCUGAUGUUGUGGCUGCAGAGAAGAAGAAACAGAUGGUUGCAGAGCAAGUGAUGAUAGACCACUUAUCCAGGGCUGUAAUCAGUGAUCCAGAGCAAAAUUUAACCUCUGAGAAGCAAGAAAUUUCUCAUAUCCUUCCAGAUUCAAAGCUGGCACCUAUUCGAUUUAGAAAAAGAACACUGCAUGAAACGAAGAUAAGAACACAGUCUACAUUAACUGAAAAUAUCCUUUCUCAUAAAGUGCAGUUUGAUGGUAGGAUCAUAUCAAGAAAUGGACGUGAUGCUUGCAGAGAGCUGGUUGGAUUCUUUUUCACUCAUGACCAGUCCCUUACAAUUUAUGAGUAUCGGCAAUUUGGGAAAAAUAGAACAAAUGUGCUUCCUUUUAUUCAAAAAAACAUUUAUUGUCAUCAGCGUGGACGAAGAAAAGGAAAGCAGUACCGACUUGGUGAUCUUUAUAUUGGUGCAAACUUGACAUUUUUGAGCUCUGAUCAUCCCAGACUUCCAGAAAGUGUAAAAGAAAACACAGUACUUACACUUCGAAUCACAAAUGUUGACUGGAGAGCUUUGGGUUCUCUCAAAACUGAUUCUGUGGAACAUGAUGAUGUAAGCAGUGAAGACACUAAUGACAGGCAGAUUCUCAAGGCCAUUCAAGACCUGCUAAAAGAACAACUGCGUAAAAGAGGUGUUCGUAUAUUGACUGGAUUGGGAAAACACCUUCAACAACUGGACAAAGAAGGAAACGGACUUUUAGAUAAGGCAGAUUUUAAGCAAGCUCUAAAAUUAUUUCGCUUAGAAGUGUCCGAAAACGAUUUUGAGUCUUUGUGGCUAAUCCUAAAUAGCAGUGGAGAUGGCAGGGCUGAUUACGGAGAAUUCAAACGUGCCAUAAUUGGUGAAAUGAAUGAAUAUAGGAAAUCAUUUGUUCGAAAGGCCUUUAUGAAACUGGAUUUUAACAAAACAGGCAGUGUGUCUAUUAUAGACAUAAGCAAAUGUUAUUGUGCAAAGAUGCAUCCUCAAGUAAUUUCAGGACACUCCACAGAGGAAGAAAUCAAAUCAUCUUUUCUAGAGACGUUAAAAGAUGCCUGCAGCAAGUCUGAUGAGGUGUCAUAUGGUGAAUUUGAAGAUUACUAUGAAGGUCUAAGUAUAGGGAUGGUAGAUGAUGAAGACUUUGUCAGUGUCUUAUGUGCUCCUUGGGGGAUUUAGGUUUUAAAUGAAUAUGUCACUAGCACUAAGCAUGGAGAGAUGAAUGUGAAGUAUCAAACACCAGAAUGUAUAUCUCUAUGAUUCUCUUUAUUCUGUUUGUUGUGCUCUUAAAAAGCUGAGCCUGGAAGGAGAAGCAUUCAGAAAGACAGGUGGAAGGGUGUAUGUUUAGUCACACACAUGCAUGCCUGUGCUCACCUGUUUAUAAGUUUAUAAUGAUCUGUCUUUUUGGCUUCCCUGGUGGCUCAGACGGUAAAGCGUCUGUCUGCAAUACAGGAGACCCGGGUUUGAUCCCUGGGUUGGGAAGAUCCCCUGGAGAAGGAAAUGGCAGCCCACUCCAGUAUUCUUGCCUGGAAAAUCCCAUGGACAGCGGAGUCUGGUAGGCUACUGUCCAUGGGGUUGCAAAGAGUCGGACAUGACUAAGCGACUUCACUUCAUUGAUCUGUCUUUUUGAUUUAUUACUUAUCUUCAAUAUAUUUUAGAGGUCAUUUUUAUUAGCCUUCAUAGGAAAGUAACAUCUGUCUCAAACAAUAGGAGAGCAGGUAUGUGAAACCAAGUUUCUUGCCCAUUGGUUUUUUUGCUACCUAUUCCCCAAAAUGUAAUUGACACCAUUCU